GUCACCCCACCAAAUCUUGGGGCUCCCAAAAAUGGUGCAAAGUGAACUUCAACUACUGUCCAGAGCAGGAGGACGAGCUGAGGCUGCAAGCUGGGGAGACUGUGGAAAUGAUAAAGGAGAUUGAGGACGGCUGGUGGCUGGGGAAGAAGAACGGGCAGCUGGGAGCCUUUCCAUCCAACUUUGUGGAGUUGCUGGACAGUGGGCCCCCAAGCCUUGGUAACCUAGACAUACCUUCAAUGUGCCCUGAUCCCCAGCGACAUCCCAAGCUGAGCAGCCUGACCUAUGACAGCCCUCCAGAUUACCUGCGGACAGCCUCCUGCCCUGAGACCUGCAGGGUCCUGUUUGACUAUGAGCCAGAGGCCCCAGAUGAGUUGGCACUGCGGAGAGGAGACUUGGUGAAAGUUAUAAGGAAGACCACAGAGGACAAGGGCUGGUGGGAAGGAGAGUGUCAAGGCAGAAGAGGAGUUUUUCCAGACAACUUUGUGCUGCCACCACCACCAAUCAAGAGGCUGGUGCCACGGAAAGUGGUACCUCAGGAAUCAGCCCCUGUUAAGGAACCCCAUAAAACAAUGCCCAGAGUAUCCCUCUCUACUUCCAAGAAGCUGUCAGCAACUACUACUUCACUCAGCAAAGCAAAGAUGCCGUGGAUACCCAAUGGGGAUGGUCAGAAGCGCCCCUCCAGAGACUCUGGUGCCAAUGGCAGCUUCCUCAGUGGAAGCCCAGGGCUACCUGGCAAAAAGCGAUCCAGGACCCAGGUUCCCCGGCAGCACCCUACAUCCAUUCAGGAGGAAGAGCUGAGCAGCCUGGCAAGGAGCCCUUCUAGGAAUAAAACCCCCACGGGGGACAAGAUCACCAGCCCAGAGAAGACCCCACCUCUUGAUAGGGUCCCCAGCCCGAGAAAGACCAGGACUCUGAGCAAGGCCUCCAUUGCGCAGAAGAUCUCUUCUGUGGAGAAGACUCCUGCUCUAGAAACCCCAACAAAGGAUGAAGCCCUGGCCAUGACUUCUGAAGACACCCGCAUCCAUCACUUCUCCCCAGAGGAAAGCCUGCAGAGGGCUCAGUCUGGGGGGCAGGUCUCCAUGCCAGAGGAGCCGUGUAUAAGUCAACAGGGGGACGGCUCCCCACUCCAGUCUAAGCUUGAGCGUGACCCAGGGUCCGUGUCAGCCCUGGAGGAGGAUCCUUCCCAGGGAGGGGCCGCAGCUUUCCUCCAUGCCAACCAAGGGACUACCCCGAAAUUAUUGGGGUCACCCCCCAGAGAACCCCUAAGAGACAUCACCCCCGAGGAACAGAUGCCUCCGGAAGAGAGACAUUCCACUCCCCACACCCCACACACUGCGGAGCCGACUCCCGCCCCUCAUUCCGGGGUCCCGCAAAACUCGGAGAGCAGGAGCGACCCAGCAGACGGUGCGGCCCUGAGGCAGGAAGUGGAGUCGCUGAAGAGCGCGCUCCAGCAGCUGGAGCUGCAGCUGGAGAAGCAAAUGACGGAGGUCUGGGAGGAGCUGCACAGCGAGCGGGAGCAGCGGCGGUGGCUGGAGGCUCAGAUGCUGCGGAAGGCCGGGAAGUCUCCCACAAGGGGCUUCAAGGACGCGCAGACGCAGACGCAGACGCAGUGAGGGCGGGCGGGCGGGCGCCGGGGGGCCUCGGCGGGCUCCGGCAUCCCAGUCCGCCGGGCACAGCUUUGGGA